AUGGACCUGAACUUCGUGUUGGAGGAGUAUGAACAAGAAGAAAUUAGGGCGGGGACGCAGAAGGUUAUCAUAAAAGGAGGCGGAAAAUCUUAUGCCAAGUUGCUGAAACAAAUAAAGGGUAGCGUAGAUACGAAGAAGGAGGGGAUUAGUGUCCAAAGCGCUAAAAAGACCAGCGGCGGAGAUAUCAUCCUUGAAGUUGCAGGAAAAGAACAGGCCGAGCGCCAGUUUAGGUGGACAUGUUUGAUAUAG